UUAUAUAAUUGAUUGAUUGGUUGAUUUUUUUAUUCAUUUAUUCCCACACUUUAUAAAAAGAACAAUACAGUGUAAAGAUGGAAUUACAGAAUACAGUGCAAUAUAUUCCAAUGCAUAAAGAAAACAUACACUACACAAAACAAUAAACUACAAUCUGAAUAAGAAGAGAAACAGUAUAUGCAAAUGUGGCAGAUCAUUUAAAUAAUUAAAAACUUAUAACAUAAUUGUUAAUUGGAUUAUAUAUCAAUCCAAUUCAUAUAUAAAGAAUCUUAUGGAAUAAACAAAGAUAAAAUGUAAGCUUACUUGGCAAAUCAAAUAAUGCGAGAACACAUCGCAAAAAGCUGCAAAUGAUAUUGACACAAUAAUACGGACAUUUUACAGAGCACAAAAAUGAUGAAAGCUCGAUGUCUGAGCUUGUAUAUUGACUUCAAAACUUGAUAUUUUAAGGUAAGGUUCGAAGUGGAAAGAAUAUCGAAUGGUGUUCAAAGUACAAAUUCUGAAUGCAUUCUAUGUUUUUUUCUAAAACUUAACCAUUGUGGUCGAACAAUAGUCAUUUAAUUCCGGCUGAUUCAGCUUGAUUCGGAACAGGUGUGAUAUAGUCCUUAUUUGAACAGAGUGAGGUAAACAUUCCAGUUCUUGAAUUGAACAGGGUUAAAGUAAACCUUUCAUGAGUAUCCAGGCUUCCCGUACAAUCAUAUAAAUAAGGGACAUGGGUUUCUACUUUUUGAAAAAAGGAGCAUAUAUCCGUGAAAAGCAGUCCAUGUUAGAAUAAAAGCUCGUCACCUAGAACACCACCGGGUCUGAAAGACACUGCCAACCACAAGCAUUGUCCGUAUAUAAUAGUAGGCAUAUUUGCGAAAUACCUUCUUAUAAUCGAUAUUCAAGUUGCACCGCUCAUGUUGCGGCCGUUCCCACGUUGGUAGCCAAACAAUCUUAUUCAGUAUUGGCACAAUACGUCAUGCGUCGCGAGCAAAUAGACCAGUACGUCUGAACUUUUCAUCCAGAUAGGUUGUGAAUUGUGACGAGAUGAUGGAGAGCGUGUCAUCUAAAUGGAUUUCUGUAUUCGUUACUAUGUCAUUUAUCCAGAUUGGUUUUGGACAUAAGAUAUUAAUGAAUGCCAUCCUCGGUGAGGGAAGCCAUUUCUUAUGUGCAGCCUCUGUUGGAGAACGUCUUGUUGAGCAGGGUCAUAAUGUAACGUUUCUUAUCAGCAAUGCCUACGCCCACAGGGCCACUGAUCCCAAAUUCUCGCAACUAUUUGAAUUUGUAAUAUUUCGUCAUCCUAUCCCGGUGCAGAAAGUUCAUGAACAAUUCAAUGCUUUUAAUGAACGUGCUUUCAUGCCUGCUUCUGCUCAAAUGUGGACCCUAGCCGAGGUGAUGAGAGACGGUAGAGCUAAUGAUUGCGACGCCUUACUCUCUGAUCUUGAUAUCAUGGAGCAUUUUCAAAGUGCUAAUUACAGUGCAAUGAUCUCAGACAUCGGUUGGAUGUGCCCUCUAAUUAUUGCUAAACGCUUUAAUAUUCCUCACAUAGCUUUGUCAGCUGUAUCUUCACCAUGUAUGGUAACCGCGUUAGUUGGAUCUGAUAAUUCCCCAGCCUACGUUCCACAAAUAUUUAGUGGUCUUUCUAAUAAACUGAACUUUAAGGAACGUGUCCAGAACUCGAUUGCACAAUUAUUUAUUAUACUUUUUGGAAUGUACUUUCGCCGACCAUACGAUGAAAUUAAAGUAAAACAUAACAUCAUAUCAGAUACUUCCAUCGAGCAGCUUUUUGCUCAGAGUGAAUUAUUUUUGGUAAAUAGUGAUUUUGCGGUGGAAUUUCCAUGCGCCAUACCUCCUAAUGUUGUUCCUGUAGGGGGUCUAACAACAAGGCCAUCAAAUGCACUUCCGGAAGAACUUGAAAAAUUCAUGCAAAGCUCUGGAGAGAAUGGUGUCAUCGUGUGCACCAUGGGCACCUAUUUCACUUCAGUUCCUAUUCAAGUCAUCAAAGAUUUUAUCAAUGCUUUCGCACGUCUUCCCCAAAAGGUACUUUUCCAAUUACAAGGCACCCCGACUGGUAUUAACCUUCCUCCCAACGUGAAGACGUUGCCAUGGUUACCGCAAAAUGACCUCUUGGGUCACGAGAAGACCCGUGCUUUUCUAUACCAAGGAGGAAAUAAUGGUUUUUAUGAAGCCCUUUACCACGGUGUACCAAUUGUUGUUAUACCUAUUCAUGGUGAUCAGUACGACACAGGUGCUAAAGUUAGUGCUCAUCGAAUCGGCAUCACCAUUGAUAAACUCACACUAACAGAAAAUAAAAUACAUGAUGCACUUCAUGACGUCAUCACCAAUGAAACCUUUCAGAGGAACAUGGACAGAUUAUCAGGCAUGUUUGUUGAUCGACCAAUGCUUCCUUCUCAGAAGGCAGCCUUCUGGGUGGAUCAUAUCAUCAAACAUGGUGGAGCACAGUAUCAAGUACCUAUUGUUAACCUAAAUUUUAUUGAACGAAACCUUGUAGAUGUAUCAAUUUUCUUCAUUGCUUGCCUCGCUGUUUUAUCAGUAUUCCUGAUAUUAAUAGGAAGGACUUGCUAUAGAGUUAUCAUAAAUGUCAUACAUACGAUGUCAAAAGUAAAAGCGGACUAAAUUAUAUAUGUUUAUAUUUUUUACAUUUUUUUAUUUCUCUGCAAACAUUCUUGCAAAACAGUAAUUUUAUGUGUAUAAAAAUGUUUAUAACAAAGUCAGUACAACUUUAAGUGCCUUCGAAGUGUCAAAUCACUACCACUACGAACAUUAGGUGGGAAAUAACAGCUCCUUCGUCUUUCGUCAUAUUCAGGAUUUCAAAACAGUAAUUUCCUACUGAUCAAAAUACGUAAUUUAUGUGAAUAUAAUUCAAGGAGUAGAAUAUUUUGAAUUUAAGUGUUUUUUCUAUGGCAUGAAAAUUCACUAUUAUGGAAUAACAGUCGACAUUCGUUUAUAUCACUAUUUACCUCUAGACAUUCAAUGAAUAGUCUCAAGUGUGGUAUAUAUAUAUAUAGUAGUAAAUUACAUCUUUCUAACAUUCUAAAGACUAGAAAAGACUAAAAAUCAAACUUUAUCAAACAAAUAUAUUCAAGAUGAAGUUUCUCUUACAGGUAGCUAGAAACCAUGAACCAUGUUUUUAGAUGAACUAUCAUUCUUGGGAUCCAGUCUGCACGUAUAUUUCCGGGUCCUGUGACUUCAAAAUAUCUCAAAACCUUUCCUAUGAAAUAACAAAUGUACAUUGAUUAACCACUUUAGUAAACAAGCCCAUGUAUAAAACAUGCAUUUACCAUACGAGGUAUUUAAGUCCCCUCAUAAUCUCCAGGACGUAUUUGCAGAUGACUAAGUCUUAUAAAACAGUAUAAAUACGUUUUACGUAAUUUACAUGUUAAAGUCUGAGUAAAAAUUGCUACAUUAUUAUUUUACAAAUUUUCCGCAUUGAACAAGCUUCAAUUACAAAAAUAUCAAAACGGCAUUAAGGAAUCAACUAAAAUGGUAGUUCAGUUAAUGUCAAUACAUCUAAACGAGGUAAUGAUGUCAGAGUCAGAUGUUUUCUAAAGAAUUUCAUUUUCCCUCUUUGACAAUAAGUGCAGACUGAAUUAUGCUGAUAUACAUUACUUCAAUUUUUAUGAAAAUUUAUCUGUAGCCUGUGAAAGGCCCUUGUAUAACAAUAAUCAGUAUUUUCUAUUGAUAAAGUGACAAAUAUCAUUUAUUAUAAGCUGUAACAUUCCGUGAAAUUGAAAGAAAAUUUCAAAAACUUGAAAAGCUAGAAUAGAAUAGGCCUAUAAAUUUUACAAAUAGUUCAGAGCAAACGAAUUUAGAGAGAGAAAAUUUCUUCACGUUUAUUUUACAGUGCUUAUAGUGUUUCAUCACAUAAAUUUAAAUUCACAUGAGAAUAUAAAUAUAAUUCAUAUAUUUGCUAUCAGAUGUAUAACUUUUUAUAAGCAUUGUGUAUAAUAAGUAUUUGGGUUGCCUUAUUUAGGGACUGUCUGUAAUGGUUGGUAGCCUGUAUAGACCAUUUUCCGGAUUCGUUGAUAUCGUUUAUGUUAACAUGGAACAUUUCAUACUUGCGUUGGUGCGAAUUUAAUAAACGAUUGUGAAAAUAGCUCUUAUUGAAUGAUAGUCAAACUGAUCCUAUAUAUCAUAGAGCGCACAUAAUUUAUUUUUGAAGAUAUAUUAUUAUGGCAGUGGCGGAUCCAGGAAGGGGCACAUCCGGUCAGUACCCCCCCCCCUCCCCUUCGAGAGGUAUAACAAAUAUUUGUAAAAAAAAAAAAUAUAUGCGGUUCAUAUACGCAAUUGAGGACCCUUUUUUUGUCAAAUAUUUCCUGGCAUAAAUCACCAUCAAUUGGGAGUGAAAACAUUUUUUCGGGGUGGGGCUUCUUAUCUGUUUGUGCGGAAAUACCCCCCCCCCCGGAAAACCUAGACCCGCCCCUGAUUUAUGGUACCUAUAACGUUUAUCCGCAUCAUUCACCUGUACUGAGCAAUAUAUAUGUAUUCUCUACUUCUGGAACAGCUCAAUUUAUUAGUUACAGAAUGUGACAAAAUAUCCUACAUAGUUUAAACCAGUUAAGUAAAUUUAUUUAACACAAU